AAGCCCAAAUCUGAGAGACGCUUCUCACGCAACGCGAUUGCUAUUACAUGACCAAAGAUGUCUGCGACCAGGUACCGUCGGUUUCUGAAGCUGUGCGAGGAAUGGCCCCUGGACGAGGCCAGGAAGGGUCGUGAUUUGGGGACGGUCCUGCGGCAGAGGGUCGCUUUAGCCUUCCGCGAGGGUGAAAUCACACAGAUCUCAGAUCCAGAGAAAUGUGACCAGAUGUAUGAAAGCUUGGCUCGCAUUAAUGGCAACGUAUACAGACAACGGUUUCCACGCGUGAGAGACACGAGCUUCACUGGAGUCACCGUGGAGGAGUGUAAAUUGCUGUUGUCAGGGAGUAAGCAGCCGACGGACAAGGAAAAAAAGGAUUUGUGGAAGGCGUUAACGCAGAGAGUGUCUUCCAAAUCACCAGAGGACAGUCCAGAGAAAGCUCCGGAAAAAUAAUUAACUUUUAUUUAAGUCCUUUUUUUUUUCCUGUUGCAUGUAUAGAAAUAAAGCUUAUUGUUAGUGUC